GCAGAAACCAGCGCCACAGGGCCCGGGGACGGUGACCGACUAACCGACCGUGCCGGACCAGGUUCUCAGGCGCGGGCCCGCUGCGCGAACGACAACCGCCCCACAGUGCCCCGCGGCGCGCACGCGCAGACCGCCGCUCCCAGCGUGAAGCACUGCGGCCCUGCCGGCCGCCUCAAGCAAGCCCCGCGGGGACGGCCGGGCCCGAGCAGCGGGAGCAUGGCGCUGAAACGGAUCCAGAAGGAACUGACUGACUUACAGAGGGAUCCGCCUGCUCAGUGUUCUGCAGGACCUGUAGAUGAUGACUUGUUCCACUGGCAGGCGAGCAUCAUGGGCCCGAAUGACAGUCCUUACCAAGGAGGUGUUUUUUUCCUGACCAUCCACUUCCCUACAGAUUAUCCUUUCAAGCCCCCAAAGGUUGCUUUCACUACCAAAAUCUAUCACCCUAACAUAAACAGCAAUGGCAGCAUCUGCCUGGACAUCCUGAGGUCACAGUGGUCCCCAGCAUUGACUGUGUCCAAAGUUCUCUUGUCCAUCUGUUCUCUUCUCUGCGACCCUAACCCUGAUGACCCACUGGUGCCAGAAACAGCCCACACCUACAAGGCCGACAGAGAGAAAUACAACAGACUAGCAAGAGAGUGGACACAGAAAUAUGCUAUGUAAGUGCCUUGAAGGCUCCAUGGGAGACACUGUCCAAGAGAAGCUUGCCAGGCAGAGUGGCCUUCCUGUGAAGCUCUGAGCUAUUGGCUAAGGCACUCACAGAACAUCCUCCGUGCACACGCGUGUUGGCCACUCACUUCCUCUGGCUGCAGCAUGUUGGUGGUGCCACUUUCACCAUUGUGGCCUUGACAGUAUCACACCUUUGAUGCCAAAUCAGCAACCAUCCUUAUGAUCUACAGUCUUCCUGGUUACUGCUUGUCUCUGGGGAAUCAAGCCAUGCAUGCCUCCCCUACUUGUCCUCAAAUGGUGCCACUAGUCACUAUGGAACUACACAGGGGCCCAGUCUGUUCCCUAACCACAUGACCUUUGCCUUUAGAACACAGUGCUGUCCUGAGGGCCCAGGGCAGAGUAGGCUUCCCUGACACUCUGUCUGCCACAGAACCAUGUCCUCAGGAGCUCCUGGGAACUGGAAGAGCAAUCCGUGAGAGAGCUUCUGUUGUCUUCCACCUCCGCCCUCUGUAGUGCUAUAUGCUGCAUUCCUCUCCUCACACCCGCAGCAAGUGGGAAACAUCAGGAUGUAUAAAACAUGUAACACCCCAGAAGGAGGAUGACGUCAGACAGUGAGGUGGGGUUAAGCUUUUGUAUGUGGUGAGGCUUUCCCCACUCUUCUCCCACUGGGAACUUAACAUGAAGUUCAAGCAUAAGACGUUCACAGACUAGAACACGUGGAAGGAAAGGAACUUCAAAUGCAAAUAAAAAUGAAAUUCCUUCAGAACUAUGACAAUUGGCAUUUUUUUCUCCUUUCAGACAGAAUUAGCAGGUUCUCCAGAGAUCUGAGUAGGCCUUAAGUGCUUGGCUUCCUCUGUGGGCUUUCUGGUGGAGUAAGGUUUGCUCUUAAGAGUACAGGGCUCUGAGAUUAGUUACCUAGGAAAAAGCAAGAGCGAGCACAUCGUGUAUGUGAAAUGUGUUUCUGAAGACAGUUUUGCUACGUAGCUCAAGCUGGUCUUGAAUUGUGGUUCCUCCUGUCUCAGUCUUCUGAAAGUUGGGCUUACUAGCAUAUGCCACCACAUCUGGCUAGGAAAGAAACUUCUAGAAAGGAUUACAAAGAGAGAAGAGAUCUAAGGAGUUU